AUGUUCAAACUUAGUAGUGGGAAGGAAAAGGGGCAACUAACGACUGUCAUCCGACAGAUGCUACCAGAGCCCUCAAUAGAGUGUUUGACCAUUAGUGGCACCGACGCAGAAGAUUGGCUGAUCGAAAUUCGCAAAUUAAUGCAAGAACCGGAUACCGGACAUCCCAUUCGACCAGGUGAUGCCUGCAAGAUUGCGCGGUACGUUCUUGUUGGAGAUGAUCUAUACAAGAGAGGAUUUUUCACUCCUCUUCUCAAGUGCCUAGCUCGCCCGGAGGCAUUGUACGUAUUAGACAAACUCCACAACGGCAUUUGUGGUUUUCAUACCGGCCAGCGUACCUUGAAGGCACGCGUCAUUCAAGCCGGUUAUUAUUGGCCGACGAUGGAGGAAGAUGCUAAAAGUCUUGUUCAGAAAUGCGAAGGAUGCCAAGCCUAUGCUAAUAUCCACAAAGCCCCGCCCAGCAAAUUACACGCAAUGGUCUCACCUUGGUCGUUCACCCAAUGGGGGAAUGGACAUUGUGGGACCCCCUCUUGGACGAGCGAAGAAGAAGUUCAUUUUGGUCGCCAUCGAUUAUUUCACGAACUGGGUAGAGGCUGA